GCAGCUCCAUCCAGAGACCGCGCGGGCAUUCGCAUAAUUGUGAGUGCGAUCCUCGUAUCAGUCCAUCUCAAGUGAUCCGGUUCUUGUCGCGCGUGUCCGGGGAUGGAGGACGCCGGCGGCGGGAGGAGGCAGCAGGAGACGGCGGCGGGGGCGUCCAAGGCGCAGAGGGAGGCCGCGGCGGCCGGCGUCUCCGUGCACGAGUGGCUGCAGCACGUCAAGGCCUCCUUCCUCGGCCUGGUUCGGAAGGUGACGGCGAGGAGCGAGCAGGAGGCGGCGGAGGCGGACAUGAUGGCGGCCAAGGCGCAGGUGGAGGCGACCGACGAGGCGGAGGCCAAGAAGAAGCGGCUCGGCUGAUCGCUGAUGGAUGAUGACCCCGACUUGUGUAGAUUGGACUAAAAACUAGCACCUCGCUGUUUGCUUUUGCUUGAUGCUGUAUUGUAAUCCGGAGUAGCUGAAACGGUGUCGUCGAUCGUGUGACGGUGACAGAUUCUGGACUUCUUGCUUGCUGUCUGUUAGGUCGUUGUAACAUGAAUCAUCAUCAUCUACCACUUAUCAUUGUAAGAGGAACUUCAGUGUUUUAACUUGGGAUUAGAUGAGGCGCCU